UUUUUUUUUUUUGAAACGUUUAUUUUACAGAUUUGCUUUUAACUUUUUACAUUUUAUUUUGUCUACUUAUUUAAAAUGAACAAAAUUAACUUAACCAACAUAACAAAUAAUGAAAUAUUUACUUAUUCAACUAUUUUAAUUAAAGGAUUUGUCGACAUAAACAAUGAAUCAAAUAUAAUACUUAAACAUUACUCAAACAAUGGUAAACAGUUGGCCGAAUCUCGCUGGACAGUUAAUAAAAAUAAAUUUAAAAUAAUAAUAGAAUUAAAAAUUGGUGAUAAUAUGUUGGUUUUUAAAAUCGCCAAUGAAGUCUUACACACAAAAUUGGUAUACAAACAAAGAGUGACUAACUACACUGUAUGCCCAGUUUAUGUAAUUUGUGCUGAUCAUGAUGGUAGAUUCCAGGCCCCUGUAGAUCAUGAUAAUUCUGUUCAAAAUGCUUGCACUAAAAUAACAUUAUGUUCCAAAUUGAUUCAAAUGUUGACAGCUGAAAAAAUGUAUGAAAAAGGUUUUGGAAAGAAAACAUUUCAAGUUGAAAAAGAAUGUCGUAUCAUUAAAAGCUCCUUAACGAGGCGUACAGUAUUUAACAUGCAUCCUGAAAAAUUAUGGGAGUUUAUAGCUAGGGAGUUGACUAAUGGCCAAAAUUCUAAAACUAGAAAAUAUUUAGCCUUCCUAUCAUGUACUUAUUGGGAUGGACAGAAUUUACAUGGACAUGUUGCAUUGGGUGGUGGUGGACUGGCAUUGUUUGGAACGGGUUGUCUCUACACUUGGCCUAGUAAGUUAGAGGAAGUUUUACCAUGUUUCAUGAAUAUGGCAAAAGUCGAUACUGGCACAUUAUUGGAUGACAGCUGUUUCAGAGGAAAUUUUGGUGGAUGCUUUAGCACCACUUUAGGUUCUGUAUGGCAUGAAUUGGGACAUACAUUCGAUUUAGGUCAUUCAAAAUAUGGUAUAAUGGGAAGAGGAUUUGAUAAUGUUCAUUUAAUUUUUACAUUGGACAAUAAAAAUAUUGCUCAAGAAAUAAAGCCAGCUAACAAAGGCUAUAUAAUAUGUAUUGAAAAUUAUUCAAAUACAAUUAAUAUGAAGGAUGAUAUGUCUAAUAAUAAUAAUGCAAAUGGAAAUGAAGCAAUAGAUGAGUAUGAUUCAAAACAUAUAAUAUGUUGGUCUAUGGGAUGUGCAUCAAUACUUUACUUUCAUAAAUGGUUUAAUGAUUUCAAAGAAGAAAACAACAAUGAAAACACAAUUGAUUAUGUAGCAAAAAGAAAUGUAUUGACUUCAAGAAAUGGUUUAAGAGUAGUUCAACUAAGGAGAGAGGAUGGACUUGUCAUGCAUUCGUGGGAAUUUGUUAAAAAUAAUAACAAACGUACAUUCAUUCUUCCAGUACAAUUAGCAAAUAAUGGAUUUGAGAUGGGCGUACCAAAUUUGGCCUUCUGAAGUAGAUAAGUGUUGAACCAAAUUUUGAAUAUGUUGCUUCUUGAGUUCUUGACUAAUAUAUUACGGAGUUCCGAGCCCUGUAUAUAACCUUAAAUUAGUUCCUAUAUUUAUUUGAAGAAUAAAUUUCUAAAGUUGAUAUUAGUUAAUGUAAAAUUUAAUUAAUUCAUUUAGCAGUUACUUGUAGUUAAUUUGUUUCUAACAAACUAUUUUAAUUUUAAACUCAGAUAUUCAUAUUUAUAA